UGUCUCGAGGGCUCUACCCUCGUAAUACGCGAAAUCUAAAAAUGAAUGCUUACUACAAUUUAAAUCUUGAUUUGGGUACCGAAUCUUCAUCAAGGUCAAUCCAGUCAUCAUGAGCUCUCCAUUUAUAUUAACUGCACUUCGAGAUGUUGCUCCUACGCUCUCGGAACCAUACCCACAAGAAUUAAAGAGACUUAUAGACAAUUUAUACAAUUCCUCGAAGCAUAAAAUACAAUUGAAACAAAAUGAAGAAAUAGCGAGGUAUCAUAUUUGUGCAAUCAUUGCAGUGAAUAAGCUAAAGCAAGAAUUGGGAUUGCUUGAUCCGCUUCUUGAUAAAUCCCCAGUCCCUACAAGAACGGUUCUUCAGCUUUUACAUCUUUUUGAAACCAGUUUGCAAAUAAAAGGUUCAAAGUCAACACCAGUAUCUACACCUCAAAAGAAGAGAGCUUUGGAAGUAGAAGUAACACCACCAUCUACAAAGAGAAGAGGGAGACCACCAAGUGCAAAGAAAUUACCGUUGACUGAAAGACUUGUGGCUCUUAGCUCACAAACCUCCAAAACACCUGAAACUUCACCAAUCAAAUCUAAAACAGCUGCCUUUUUUAAAACAUCAAACGGUUCGCCUUCGGUAAAAUCUCCAACAAAGUAUCCAGGGUCGUCCACCUACUCCUCACCUUCAAAACAUAUGCAAUUAUUAUCAGCUAGUGAGAUUACUGGUUUAUGCAAUAAAUUUCAGUUAGAGACAUCCAUAAUAGAGAACAUUUUAGAAACUUUCAAACAAUACUGCAGUAAAGUCUCCAAUGAAUGGGUACUACUAUGCGGUCUUAUAAUUAAUUGUUAUUUUGUGAUCAAUCACAAGGUCAUAAGUGAGAAUGUUGGUUCUAAGACUAAUGUCAUUAAGACUAUGUUCUCCCUUCAAAAUGGGGGGUUGAUGCUCGAUGAAGUCAACAAAAGCAUCACGAUUGUUCAAAAUCUAAUCACUCAUAACAAAUGGUUCAAACAGCUGAAAAUGAAAAAUGAUCUUUCCUUUGAGGAACAGACUAUAGCAUCAACUUCAGGAAACAUGAUCUCCAAAAGCUCUCAAUUUCGCUCCGAAAGAUCACAAAAGGACUAUAAAGAAUGGGUAGAAACGAUCAAGCAUAACAUUUCUCGUUGCAUAAAUACUUGAAUAACGUAUAAUAUAAGAUCAACU